UCUGUGCACAUCAUUGCAACCGGCUGCGCCUGUGCAUGGACUACUGGACAACCCAAGCCAGGACACCGACGUCACCAUGCCAGUCUGUGUCACUCGAUGGAACAGCUGAUGUGGCUGGGUCCCUGCCACGACAUAUUUGGGUCUCCUAUCAUGGGUCAAUGAACAUGGUGGAGCUUCUCCAAUACUGCUACCAGUACUGAUGCAGCCGCCAUCCACACCGGAGCCAUCUCCUCCACCUCAGCCACCAACUGCAGGGCCACAACCACCAACAGGCCCUGGACCUGAUGUGGACAUGGAGCUCAUGAUGACAUCACCUGUCCUAAUGUAUGGAUUGACACAAGAAGGCAGCUGCAACAGUGCCCGCACCCCAAGUACUUCUGACCAUAUGCCCCAGUACCAGCACAUCACCUCAGUCAGAGCCUUGUAGAGGAAGGCACCAUGGAGAUCUCGCAAAUCCGUGCUGUUUCCCAAGGGAAGAGGAAUGAACUAAGGCGCACACACUUGAAAGUCGAGCACAUAAGCAGUGUGUUGUCAUCUGUGAGAGUGUGCUGAGAAAGAGCAACACUGUAUACUUCCAAUAGAGCCCACCACUGAUAAUGAUUGGAUCUGUCGCAACAAGAAAAAAGAACUCGCCAAAAUUUCAUGCCUACUAUGAAGAUCUAUGUGAACUGCAUAAUGUUAUGCCACUACGAAUGAUCACGUCACAAAAGCAAAAAGAUAUUCUUGAUAUAUGUGCUGAUAGAAUAAAAUUUGAUGAGUUGUUUCCAAUUACAAAAGCUUUAGCUUGUGACCGUUCAUUGUGUUUCAUCGCAAUCAGGAGCAGAUGUCAAGGAAAAUAUGUUCACCAUAAUUUUUAUGGAAAAAGAAGAAGUAAUGUCAGACACAGGCCUCUGAUCCACACCGAUUUUGGUAUGAAUGUUGUCAUCAACGCACUCAAGAAAUGCUUAAUGCGGACUACAGUGCUAACGCAUUUGAUCUUGGAAGGACUCUACUUUACAAAAAAUAAUCUGUCUUUAUUGUGUACAGGACUCUCAAACUGCUCAUCCAUCCAGAACAUAUCAUUUCAUCAGAGUAUUAUUGGCGAUGAUGGUUGUCAGUUGAUUUGUGAUGCUGUUAAAAAAUUAAGAAAUGUUCAUUCUUUGAAUAUUUCUGCGUGUGAUAUUGGUCAGAGUGGAGGUUACUGUAUUUCUCAGUUACUAAAGUAUCAACAACUGGAGAGAUAUUCAGAAACGUGGAAAGAGGCUCUACGAUAUCGUAUUGUUGAUGUUGACAGAAUGCCUGGAAUCAGACGUGUCAGUAUCAACAAUAACACACAUUUGGGUGAUGCAGGACUUAUGUAUUUAGUAGAGUGCCUUAAAGAUGAUCUCUGGCUCAAAGCCAUAGAUCUGCAAAACUGUGGAAUAACAAAUCAAGGUGCCCAGGAAAUUCUCAAGUUGCUGAAAGUUAAUACUAUUUUGACUGUUGUUGAUGUACGAAAUAAUCAUGAUGUGAAUGGUGACUUGCUAAAUGCUAUAAAAAAACAGUUGGCUGAAAACAGUUUAAGAAAUGUAGAAGAUACACAGGAGUAUAAAUGGAUGACUUUAGAUGCAAGCUUGGAGGAACAGUCUCAUUCUGCAGCUUCUAAAACACAUCCUUACUUCAUGUACUCAAAUCAGGAAAGAAGUUUACACCAAAAAGGAGUGGCAAAUGGUCGAGCUGCAGGAUCCACGUCUUUCUGGGCACAGGAAAGCUGUGGAUCAUCUUACUUACCGCACCAGUUGAAUGUAGAACUGAAGCAACAUAUGAACCGUGAGACAAAAAUUCAGGAACUAACUGAAGAGCUUAAUAAGAUGCACUUGGAAAUAAAAAAAGUUAAAGAGGAAAGAGACAGAUAUAAAAAGGAACUGCAGGAAAUGAAAGCUGACUAUAACAACCAUAUUCUACUGAAUGUUGACACUGUUCAUGCUAUUAAUGAAGCUUUUGACAAGCUCACAACUUAUUUGAAACGUGGGAGAAACGGAGAGAGUGAAAACACAUGAAUAAAACCAGGAGGGGAAUACAGAAAAACAUUAGUGGUGGAAAAUGUUAAGAAGAUAAUAAAGAAGAGGUGUGAAAAAUUAUUUACUUAUGUAUAAAAGUACUAAAUACUAAUUGGUAAGAGAAGAGGCAAAUAAUUGUAGAAAAAGAACAGAACACUAAUUGUGGAAAUUUUGAUACUGUUCUAAUUAGACAUACAUUUAUAUGCAUACUAAUUAAGAAUUGUUUACUGCACUGGACUCGCAUUCGGGAGGACGACGGUUCAAUCCCACGUCCGGCCAUCCUGAUCUAGGUUUUCCGUGAUUUCCCUAAAUCGCUCCAGGCAAAUGCCAGGAUGGUUCCUUUGAAAGGGCAUGGCCAGCUUCCUUCCCCGUCCCUCCCUAAACCGAUGAGAUCCAUGAUCUCACUGUCUCGUCUCCUCCACCAAACAAUCCAAUCCAAUUGUUUGCUGUAAUAUUGCACCAUUUUUAUGUUUGUUUCAACUGUUCAGCUUAUGUCUUUCUUGCUUCAUAAGAAAGGUAGUAAUCAGUAAUUGUAAUUUUCUUCAUUUUCACUCACACAGAACAUCCAUACUUUUCAUUUACCAUUCUUUUUUUGUUGCUGACUAAAACGUACUGUGGUGUCACAUACGUACGAGUUAAAUGCAAGUGUAAUGUAUCCAAUAAUUAGUUCAGCUUACUGCUUUGUAGAGAAUUAAAAAUUAAUGCAGAGGCUGAUACAAAAUUGUUUGUUCAUAAGGUAUAUUCCUUUUCAUUUUUUAUAAUUUUCUAGUAUUUUAUACACGUAAGUCCUCAUGUGUUAACUUCUUAAGCUAGAUUUACUUGUAUGAAUACCUGAUACCGUGCUGUCUUACACUGGAAGUGCUGUAUCUGCGGUAGCAAAGAUAAAACAUGAAUGAUACUCAUCAAUCUGUUUUUAUUGGGAAAAACCAAUAAACAAGAACAUUCUUGAUGUCGACAAAGUAGUUGAAACAAAACACAAUCGAAGCAAAAAACAAAAUAUGGAUCCCACAUCGGAUCUUGUAACAGAGGAAUAACAUCAGAGGAAUAACAUCAGAUAAAUUCACAAUUGCGAAUAAGUACUACCAUCAGCUGUAGAAAGGAAUGACAACAAUGAAAAUCUGUGCUGGACCAGUACUCGAACACAGAUAUCCCUGCUUAUUGCGAGUUAUCACUUUGCUGUUUGGCUAUCCAUGCACGACUCAUGGCCAGACCUAAAAUUCCACAUGUCUUCAACCAUGCGUAUCCUUUGGACAUACAUGCAUGUCUAUAGGAACUUUGUAUCAUAAUCAGAAUAACUUAGGCAUUGCAAUAUCGUAUUUAUCUCCCAAUACCAGGUAAGCAACCUUCAAAUACAAAGUCUGACCUGUACAGGAACAUACAUAAUGGAUGUACAAGUACAGGUUGUAGAUGCAUGGUUGAUUACAUGUGGAAGUUUAGGUCUGGCCAUGAGUUGUACACAGAUAGCUAAGUGGUAAGCAGGAAAUCUAGGUUUGACUCCCAGCCCGACACAGAUUUUCAUUGUCGUCAUUCCAUUCUACAGCUGAUGGCAGUCCUUAUUCACAAUUGUGAAUUCAUUUGACGUGUUUCGUAAUGGCUGUGGAUGCCACAGUGCAGAACUUUGCAGAGUAAUCCAAAUAACACCGGCACUGCAAUAUCAUAUUUUCCUCACAAGUCUCUCACUCAAGUAGGUCCACCUAAGGAAAGAUGGAAACAAAACUACUAGAGAUUGGUUGGCACAGCAUUGUCACAAAGCUGUCCAGGGAGGCCAGACCAUCAUCACAGGACACUCUGGAGUCACAAUCCGAAGCUACCACUCCUGAUGAUCUGGGACUGCCAGCAGAUGAGGUGCAUGAAUGUUGCGACCAGGAUAACAGAUCCCUACAAGUCCAGGUGGCAUAUCAAAUUGCCUUCCGGCCAGCGGUGUACUUGCUUAUAAGGCCGGUUGGUGGAUGGAUCUUCUGGGACUAUUUUUGAUCACGUGAGUGGCAUAUGAAAAUAGUCCACUUGUUGAUUACGACCUCUGGCGUUGAUGUCGAUCCGCGGUGCUCAGGUCGUGGACCCUGGCGGCCGUUGGCUGAGUCACGAAGCUGUGUUUUCAACUCCGGCAGCAGUCUCGGUCAUAUUGUAAACAUCUGCUUUGGUUUCACUUGCUGUGAUGAAGGCAUCAGCAUCUCUGUUCUGUCAUGCUGGAUGCCAGUGUCAGGGCAGCUGUGAUGGACACUGCAGGAAGAUUUAGCAGAUUCUCUAAUUCUCCCUUUACCUGAAGUCAAAAUUGUGUGCCGACUUCCACCUUCUCUUUCACACAGUUACCUAUACUGAAAGAGAAAAUUCUUGUCUUUCAUAAUAAGAUUACUGUCAAUUCUUAUGCUACUGAAUUGCACAGAUAGUUAGAGAAUGACAGACUUUGUCAUGCAGCAGAACAUGGUUCCAAAAUGUAACAUCUAUGACAGUUAUAAACUCUGUACAUGUUAUUGCUGUUGUUGUUGUUGUUGUGGUCUUCAGUCCAAAGACUGGUUUGAUGUGGCUCUCCAUGCUACUCUAUCCUUUGCAAGCCUCCUCAUCUCUGAAUAACUACUGCAACCCCCACCCAUCUCAAUCUGCUUACUGAAUUCAUCUCUUGGUCUCCCUCUACAACCUUUAUCCCCCACACUUUCGUACAGUUCAAAAUUGGUGAUCCCUUAAUGUAUCAGAAUGUGUGCUAUGAACCGAUCCCUUCUUCUUCUUCCAUGUUUCACUUCCAUACAUGGCUACAUUCCAUACAACUACUUUCAGAAAAGGCUUCCUGACCUCAAAUCUGUAUGCAAUGUUAACCUUCAGAAACACUUUUCUUGUCAUUGCCAGUCUACAUUUUAUAUCCUCUCUACUUCAACCAUCAUCAGUUAUUUUGCUGCCCAAGUAGCAAAACUCAUCUACUACUUUAUCUCAUUUCCUAAUCUAAUUCCCUCCCCAUCACCUUAUUUAAUUCAACUACAUUCCAUCAUCCUUGUUUUGCCUUUGUUGGAGUUCACCUUAUAUCCUCCUUUCAAGACAUUGUCCAUUCCGUUCAGUAAUAUUCACACCUGUCGGCAACUGCUUUCUUUGGAAUUGGAAUUAUUAUAUUCUUCAUGAAGUCUGAUGGUAUUUUGCCUGCCUCAUAUAUCUCGCACACCAGAUGGAACAGUUUUGUAAUGGCUGGUUCUUCCAAGGCUGUCAGUAAUUCUGAUGGAAUGUUGUCUACUCCCAGUGCCUUGUACCUGAUAGAGGCUUAAAUCUGCUAUAGUUGGAGAGGUUCUGUGAAGUUUUGGAGCUAAAGAAACAUUAGACUGAAGCCAGACUCUGCAGAUAUUUAGCUUGCAAUAAUUUUCCACAAAGAUCUAUGUGUUGCGCAUGUUAAUUCUUAAAAUCUGAAAUAGUAAUGGAAAGUUGUAGUGGAAUGUAAACAAUUUAAAGAGUAAAUGUAAUAACUUGAAUAGUAGAGGCAAUGAGUUGACAAAUGACAAAACUGAGAACUGAAUUGUUUUUCGCAUAUCCACUUACUUACAUGCCCCCCCCCCCACACACACACACUCACACACACACACACAAAACUAAACGAGCCGUACGAGUACAUUGUGCUGGCUGAGUAGGCACUCCAGGUAUGCAGCUAGUCGAGUCUUGUUUACAUACAUUUUAAUGACUCAGCACCUUUACUAUUCAAAGUCAUUACCUUUACUUCUUAAAUUGUUUAUAUCUAAUUGGAGGAAAAACCACUACUUGACAAAAGAGGUGAUGGAAAAAAACUGCCAUCUUUCAAUUUUUAUUAUCUUAAGACUGAGUAUUACUCCAUCUGAAUCAGUUUAUUAAGUGUUCAUUUGGCUGUUUUGAGAUGGGUGAGCCAGUGAAUGGAGGAAGCAUCCCCAUAUGAUAGGGUUGAGAGAGCUGGUUGCAGUAAGAAGCACUUUCUUCAUGUAGCACUGCCUUCACAGUAAUAGCAGUUAUGUUUUGUUUCUUCAUACCAACCACUUAACCUGCAGACAUAAUUAACAUUCGUAAGUUUCAGCGACAGUGCUUCUGUUAAUAGAAGCUGUAGGAGAUCCCUUUAAUAGAUCAGGAACUAUUGCAUUACUCAUUUACACACAAAUUGUUCAUAAUGCACCUCAAUCAAAUGAAAUACAGUUUUAAAUAAUGGCACUGUAGCUGAAUAUGUGCUGUCCUUUUAUCACAGAGCAGAGACUGAAGGCUCAUACAUUUUAUUGAAAGUCUUUGAAUUUCUGUUAUUUCAGUAUUAGGAAGUAUACUGACUAAGAUAACGUGCACUGUUAUUAAUGACUCUCACAUUAACAUCAAGUUUUCCUUUCAAUUCAUGGAAGGAUAUGCUAUGGAAUAAAUAUUUCUCAUGCCAUCUGUAGAAUUUGGUUUUGUAUUGUCAUUAAGAAAGUGUGAGCCAAAAUAUUCUGUGUGUUUGUACUCCAUAGUCAUCAAUUUUUAUAUCAAAUUACAAAAUUCUGUGCUGGCUGCAAAUAUCAACAUUGUAACAAAAUUAGUAACAAAAUUAUGUGUUAAAAUUUAUAGAAAAAAUCCCACAAAAAAUGGUGCAAUGUAUAAGU